AUGAACAAGCAGAUGGAAGAAAUGGCCAGAUCAGUUGUCAACGAAGCCAUUUCCUACGCUAUAGCUGAGCUAAAAGCCGAGGCAGCUGAAGCCACCAAGGCCAUUUCAGGAAAUGAAACGGUUGCUUGCAAAGCUGCUAAAUAUCUCGCCCACAUUUCAGCCAGGAAUGGAAUCAAAACCGAUGACAGUAAGGCGGUGGUUGGGAGUGCUCUAGCAACUUCCAGAAAGGUGUUUAAUAAUGCCGUCGAGAACAUGGCACUAUCUGCCCCCACUGAGUGCCCUUUAAAAUCACAGUCGGAAAUUCUUAGUGUUCUCUCAAAUGCUGCCUCCGAUAUAGCCGGUAGAGAAAAGCGACGCGCUCGAUUGGAUGCAAUUAUGAGUAGAGUUCGUACAAAUAGUGAAAAUUCAGCCAUUAGUAACGGCCAUGACAAGUCGAUUGCUCCACUUACAAUAGCCGUCAGUUGUGCUAACAACGUGGAGGAAGAGGAUGCAAAGAGGUACCAUUUGAAACCCUGCGAGGCGAUUAAGUCGAUGCUGGAGAAAGGACGACUUCCAGGGAAUUGUAAAGCCGCUGUUCUGUUGAGAAACCGGAUUGCAAAGUAUGAACAGAUUACUCCAAUAUCUCUGGGUUUCCGUCGUUGUCUUUAG